AUGCCUUCUCGACUUGCAAAAAUCAUAAUCGCAUUAACUUUUAUAACAGGUUUAACUGUCGUGUUCUACAUAAUCUCUGAUACGUUUCAUACAUAUAGAGGCCGAAAGAUAGCCCAUAUUCACAAUUGUCCUCUAAAUGCAACGCAAGAUACGCUUUUCCUACAUUCGUUUGAUCCCAUAGCCACACCGACGAAACCACCGACUGAUAAAGCGAACGUUCUCAUAUUAACACCAUUGAAAGAUGCGUCAGCUAAACUUCCUCAGUAUUUCAAAAAGUUAAUGCAGUUAACGUUUCCCAAAGACCGCAUAUCACUUGUAUACUUGGUUACAGACAGUACUGACAACACCGUAGAUUUGCUGAUGAAGGAAGUUUCGUCCUUGUUGAACAAUGGUACGUACCGGAAAAUAAGCGUCUUUGAAAAAAACUUUCAAUAUUUCCUACAACACGGAAGUCGACACAAGUUCUCUCAGCAAGUUCAAAGGCGACAGAUUCUUGCAAAGUCUCGGAACCAUCUUUUGUUCACUGCUCUCACCGAUGAAGACUGGGUUCUGUGGCUAGAUGUGGACAUCAUCACAUAUCCUAACACUUUGCUUGAAGAUAUGAUUUCAUUUGAUAAAGAUGUGUUAUCUGCGAACGUCUUUGCUCGUGAGAAACACACGAAUACCGAGUAUGUGUAUGACAGGAAUAAUUUUAUCGAGACUAAAGAAUCUAUGAAAUUUCUUACCACUCUUGAUGAAGAUAAGAUACUCGUGGAAGGAUAUCCAGAAAUCACUACUCAUCGAAACUAUCUCGGUGAUUUACGUGAUAUCGAGAAAGAUCUUGUAGAAAUCGAUGGUGUUGGUGGGUCUUGCCUUUUAGUUCGGGCGGAUGUUCAUCGGGAGGGUGGCAUAUUCCCCACUAUUCCGAUCGCUCAUCAAAUCGAAACUGAAGGAUUUGCCAAGCUUGUGAAGAAGAUGGGAAAAGGUGUCUAUGGUUUACCCAACUAUGUAGUUUAUCAUGAUAAAACAUAA